AUGACUGCUGAUGAACCCGGAAUCUCUACUAUCUCAGAAGACCUACAGACGCGGUACGCGUACUGGAAGAAAAACACCAAGCUACUGUACGACUACCUCAACACAAACACGGCGAAAUGGCCAUCACUGACAUGCCAGUUCUUCCCUGACGUCGAUGCAAACACUGACACGCACCGGAUCCUGCUCUCCUCGUACACUUCCUGCCAGUUGCCAGAGGACGAAAACGUUUACGUGGCCAGCAUAUCCACGCUCGCACACCUCGAUUGGGCAUCGUUGAACAACUUCGACAUGGACGAGAUGGAAUUUAAGCCAGACCGCACCACCAAGUUCCCACCGAAAAACCUAGCCACAAACGUGUCCAUCACUUUCCCGAGGGGCGACUGCAACAGGGCGCGAUACAUGCCCCAGAACCCGGACGUCAUCGCUGCGGCAUCCUCCAACGGUGCAGUCUACGUGUUCAACAGGACCAAGCACGGCACGAGGCGAAUUCAAAAACACGCAGCAUCUGACGCUGAACAGGACUACGGCCCCUAUGAGGCGCGAUUCUACAAUGAGGAGACGGACGAAGCUAGGCGUACGCCAGUGGAUAACGAGGCAGUUUCGCUCGCUUGGAACCACCACAGGGAGGGGACGCUUGCUGUUGCGUACUCCCACGGUGCCGUCAAAGUGUGGGACCUACAGAGAUUCAAUGUCGACAAUACCACGAUCAGCGAGACCGAGUGGGAAUGCUCCAAUUUCGACAGCAGAGGCGUCAAUGAUGUCAGCUGGAUGUCGCAACAUGAUAGCAUUUUAGCAGCGUGCGGAGAGAGAUCCGACAGUUUGGCACUGUUCGACACAAGGGCACAGAACGCUGUGGCUAAGAUACGAAACCAGUUCAAAAGUGAGGGCAUAAAUGCUUGCAAAUUCAACUGGGAGAAUAAUUUGCUACUAGCGUCCACAGACUCUACGGGGAGGACGAACCUCUGGGAUGUUAGGAAACUGUCUGCGGAACCGAUUGUACAUUUCGAUCAUGGUGGGUCCGUCUCCACAUUGGAAUGGAAUCCACAUGAUCACAGUGUACUUGCUACAGCAGGACAAAGUGAUGGGCUUAUAAAGAUAUGGGAUACAUCCCUGGAGAUAGAAGAUAAGACUAUAUUUGUGCACUCCGGGCACAUGUUGGGAGUCAACGACAUAGCAUGGGACCUCCAUGACCCCUGGCUCAUGUGCAGUGUAUCCAACGACAACUCAGUGCACGUCUGGAAACCUGCAGCCAACUUGGUCCAGCGUUGUACGUCACCAUAA